CACCACCAGCUACCCACAGCUUGACACACCAUGGCCGAGCCAUCCCCGACCGACCGCCUCGUCGCCGCCUUCUCGCCUCCACUCGACUCGGCACUCGUGCACGCCAUCCUCUCCGACUACGCCGACCCGCUCUCGCACGACGACGAGCUCCAGGCUCGCUCCACCCUCCAGUCGCUCGCCGAUCAGGCCGACCUCGUCGACCACGACUCGGAACUCGCCCUCGACUCCGGCCGCGACCCUCCUCGCCGUCCCGACAGCCGCGACAGCGACACAGCCGACCCUCGCCCUCCUGUUGACGAGCGCGCAGAGCUCCUCGCCAUCAUCAACCAGGCCAACCACUCGCUCCGCCUCGACCGCACCCGCUCGUCGUCCAACGCCUCGCCCGUCGACUCGCGCACCGCUCAACCUCGACCUCGCGCACCGGCGAGCGCCACCGCGAGCGACCUCAGCAGCGCCCUCGAGCACUCGAGCCUGGAUGACGACAGCUCGAGCGCCGACCCUCGCCCAUCGAGCGCCGACGCCCCGCGCUUCUGGGACGACCACCACGCCCCGGCGAGCUUGACGAGCGACGAGGACGGCGCCGCCGCACCGCGCCUCGUGUGGGACGCCCCCGACGGCGGGUUCGACUACGAGGUGUCGGACGACCCGCUCGCGUUCCUCGCGAGCGUCUUCCCGCACAUCGACCUCGCCCAGCUCGAGGCCAAGAUUGCCGAGGUCAAGUCGCUCGAGCCGACCGAGGACGGCCUCGCCGCCCAACCGGCCGACCUCGAGCGCCUCAUCGAGGACCUCCUGUCGCAGGACCUCAUCACGUCGCUCGCCGAGGCCGACGCCGACGCCGCCGCGGCCGAGAACGCGCCAGCGCCCGACCCGGACGGCAUCGCCGCCAUGGACCGCCAGCAGCGCCGCCGCCACAAGGUGGCGACCAAGGCGGCCCAGUCGCUGUCGCUCACGACGACGCCCCACGUGUCGUACGCCAAGGCGGCGACGCACCGUCCGCAAGGCUCGCUCUCGGCCCUCGCCGACGCGCCCCUGAGCACCAACGCGUGGGCGAGCAUCUCGAGCCAGGCGUCGUUCCUCGCGGCCGCCAUGCACCUCUCGGUCGCGCGCAUCACGUCGACCUACCACGCGCACGGCUCGAGCCUCGCGCGCACCGUCGCCGUCCUCCUCGUCCAACUCGCGCGCGAGCGCCCGUUCGAGUCGCUCGCCGGCGGCGUCGCGCGCAAGAACGAGCUGCGCCUGAUCGUGCCCGCCGCAAAGGCGAGCGACGACCACCUCGAGGCGCUCCUGAGCGCGACCGAGGGCGACCUGAGCGACGCCCUCGACCUCCUGAGCUUCAUCGCCGACCUCGAAAAAGCCGUCGGCGCCCCUUUGCCCCUGUCGGCCCUCAUCGUGCGGCCGGGCGCCGGGUCGGCCCUCGCUGCGACGACGACGACGACGACGCCCGACGGCUUCACCGUCGUGUCGACCCCGACCCGCACGCCGUCCAUGCGCGCACCGCACGCCGUGGCGGCCGCCGCCGCAGGGUCCGACGACCGGUACACGCACGAGCAGUGCCACGCGCUCGCGCUCGAGUACCUCGCCAAGCGCAACGACGCGUUUCGCACGGCGGCGAGGAGCUUUCAGCGCGGCGGCAUGGGCGAGAGGGGCGCGGCGGGCUUCUGGGCCGACAGGGGCCGCGAGUUUGACGGCGAGAGGCGCAAGUGGGAGGAGCGCGCCGCGAGGGCCGCGGUCGGCGAGAGGAGGACCAAGACGGGCGCCAACGUCGUCGACCUGCACGGCCUCAGCCUCGCGCACGCGCUCAAGAUUGUCGACGAGGUGACCAACACGUGGUGGUCCAACGCUCGAGACUCGACCCAUCCCGAGCCUCUGCGCAUCAUCACGGGCGUCGGGCGCCACUCGCGCGGCGGGACGCCCAUCCUCGCGCCCGCCGUCACCAAGCACCUCGACCGCACCGGGUGGCGCUGGAAGUGGGACGACGGCCCGCUCGUCGCCGGCGGGAUCGGGCCCGUCAACUCCAAGGGCGCUGUCAGGGUCAUCGGCGUGGCGCGGUGAGCGAGGGAUCGAGGAGCAGGAGGGAAGGGAACUGUCCAUAGUCGAAAGGGCGAGGAGGAGAAGGAGGCUCGCGGGUCCGCCGUGUUGUUGUCUGUGCUGUGCGUCGCGUUGCUUGCACUGCAGGAUCUGCCUCUCUC